AUGUUGCUGCGCAGCAGUUUCUUCGUUCUUCUCUUCUCCGCAGUCACCUUCGCUUCUCCAGUCGCCAAGCGCGCAGCUCCGAGUUUCGUUUUUCCUGGCGAUGCGCCUUUCUCAGUACCGGUUCAGACUCUUGCGAACGCGUUGACUUGUCCGAAUGGCAAUCCGACGAAAGACUCGCCGCCUGUGCUGCUCGUACACGGCACAGCGAGUACGGGAGAAGAGACUUGGGGCAGAGGAUAUGUUCCAGCUCUGAAAGCCAAGAAAUAUACGGCGUGCUAUGUCACACUGCCAAACCGAAGCAUGGGCGACAUGCAGAUCAGCGCUGAAUACGUGGCAUACAAUUUACACUAUCUAUCAUCUCUGUCCGGAGGACUGAAGCCAGCUGUGAUUGCUCACAGCCAAGGCAGUCCAAACACACAAUGGGCACUGGCAUACUGGCCUAGUACACGAAACAUCGCCCGAGCUCUCAUUGCACUUUCUCCCGACUUUUCUGGAAUCGAGCUUCUCAACAACGACUCACUCUUCGACCACAUCUGCGAAAGCGGACUAUGUCAAGCCUCUCUCUGGCAACAAGGCGAAGGCAGCAACUACUACAAAGCCCUUCAUGCAAAGGACUUCCGAGCUCUGGUUCCAACUUCAACAAUCUGGUCGCAAUUUGAUUCCGUUGUGGCGCCUUUUAAGAAGAAUGCUCAACUUCCAGGCGCUACUGUGGUAUCAGUCCAAGACCGCUGCCCACUGAGGCCUGUCCUGCACUUCACGAUGACAAUCGAUGCAGCAGCUUUCGCGCUGGCGUUGGACGCGCUUAACAAUGGCGGCAAUGUCAAGGUGUCGAGAGCGAGCUGGACGACAUGUUUUCAAACGACUGCUAAGGGCAUGAAUGAUAAUAUUGGGAGCACGCUACAGGAUUAUACUAACAGCUUGAUUGAUGGACUUUUACUUGCCACACCUCAGCUCAGAGCCGAGCCAGCAUUACUUCCAUACGCGCAAGCCGCAUUGUCAUAG